AAUAGAUUUCCAUUUUAUCUUGUUGGUUUUUAACUAAGGUAAUGCCGUAAUGGUAUAGUUGAAAACUUGAAAUGGGUAAUGGGUUCGAUUUCGGAUUUGCAUUUGAUGUUGAUGGGACAGUCAAAAGACUCAAAAUGAUAUAUAAUUGCAAUGCUGUUUGCAAUUAGGAUAGGAUGCUUGUGUUUUGCUGUGAAUCUGAUAGCAUAAUUGAUACCAAUCUGAUAGCAUGUUUGUGUUUUAGGCAUCCAAAUGACCAAAUUAUAAACUCUAGUUGUUCUAUUACUCAAACAGGAAUUUGAUAGCUUCUUUGACUCAUAAUGCAUAUUCAAAACCGGCCAGUUCAAAAGAAGUUGGCCAAAAAUCUAAAUAGUUUUUACUUCAGUUUGGGGAUAGACAAAAAAAUAUAUAUUAUUAUUCUUCACCAUUACAUUUUCUAAAAUGAUACCUUUUUUCUUCCCCCCCCCCCCUCUCAAAUUGAUCUUUUCCUGUACAUUAAUCUCAAGAGGAACAAAACCACCAACCCGAAGUUUAUCUUCCCUUCUUUUAAGUCUUUCUCUGUAAUCUUUUACUUGCAUAAAGCAAUCAUGUAGCUGCAGAUAAUAAAACAACAUGCAUUAACUUUAGGCAAUGUUCCAGAGAGUUUACUAUCUAGCAAUCUGAUCGAAAACACCUUGGACAACUGCAUCUUCUGGUGUGAAGUGUUCUUGUUUGCAUUUACCAAUGCAUCCUCCAGCUUCUGUCCCAGUGAGACUAAAUUAUACCUUUGGUUUUACGUCAUAUUAGGUCUAGGCAUCCAAAUGACCAAAUUAUAAACUGUAGUUGUUUCAAUUUGUUUUGCACAGGUUGUUAAAUUGGUUCUGUUACAUUUGAUUAAAUUGGGGGUUUAGAUUGUCCACCAUAAUCUUUUUUUCUCCCUUCGUUAAGAAGUUCAAGCCCCACCAAGAUGAAGGUAUAAGGAAACAAAUAUAUAUGACAUUCUGAGUUUGGGGGAAUGGUGGGUUCUUGUAUAAGUAAUUUGAGAUAUACAUACAUACAUGGCUCCAAAUGGCCUAACGAGGCGGUUGACGUGCACCAAAUCAUUGUUAAAAAGAGUGGUGCAAAGGGUUUCUUAGUCUACUUCUUUGCUCUCAUUAUUCUAGCAAACGCCUUCCAUCUUUUCUUAGUUAAGGGAGGUUCAGUUAUCAUUCUUUUAUGGAGUUUCCUUUUAGAUGCAUUCCUUGUAAAGUUGCUUUGGAAGAGUGUUACAAAAGAGUCCGUUGUGGUUAUGCCAGCCUUUGGAGUUCAACUUGAAACUCAUUAUAAGAGUGGAAGAGUUUCUCGUCGCUUUGUUCCUAUUGACAAGAUUUUGAAACCUGUGCUACUAGAAUGUGUGACUCCUGUUACUUGUUACUGGAGCCUGUCUUUCAUUGUACAUGGAGAAGCGGAUUUGGUGCUAGUUUUUAAGGAAUUACGUCCCCCUAUGAAAAUGUUGGCCCCCAUCUGGAAGGCCUUGUGUGCUGCUACUGGUAGUAAAGAAAGCUUAGACACAUGUAAGGAAGAUGGAUGAUGAAGAUCAUCAAGUUUGCAUUCGAAGUUUGGUGCGCUCAAGCAACUAGAACAAUCUAUAGAUCAAUUAGCUCCCUAAGAUUCCAACCGGUACAACUUCUAUUUCCAGUCAGCAGAUGAGGAGGAUGAUCGAAGAGAUUGUGAUUUGUACAAGACUAGAGGCGACUCCUUUUUUCAAUCAGUUACAGAAGUCACACUGUACAAUUUGCUGAUCUGAUCUAAUUGUAGGUGAAAUCAAUGUAAAUUCAAGUUUUGGUAAUGCCACACUGGGGCAUAGCAAUCUAAACAGUGCUCGAGUUAAUCUCAUUUUUGAACCGGAAACUGUUCCCCCAUCUCUUCUGUCUUUUGUUUCUUUCGCUGUCGUUAUAACUCGAGUACUUUACUGAUGCUACUUGCUCUAUGGAUGACUCAGUUGCAUUAGA